GAUGUGAAAGCUCCCGGAUGCUGCUGAACCGGAGCCCCUUCUAGAGGGAGUGACUGGCGCAGGCGCAGAAGGGCAGCACGGAAAACUAAGCGUUUGACGUCAUCGUGCGUGUGGUGCCCCUGCUGCCGGGGCUGGUGAUUGGAGGAAACCCCGUGUCUGCGGAGCGGCUGUAGCCUGUAAGCAGCGAGAUCCAGGGACAGUCUCAGCCUCGCCGCUGCCGCCCAGAGACUGCUGAGCCCCCGUCCGUCCGUCCGCCGCCGCCACCCACCCCGGAUACAGAACAUCCAGUCAUGGAUAAAAAUGAGCUGGUGCAGAAGGCCAAACUGGCCGAGCAGGCUGAGCGAUAUGAUGACAUGGCAGCCUGCAUGAAGUCUGUAACUGAGCAAGGAGCGGAAUUAUCCAAUGAGGAGAGGAAUCUUCUCUCAGUUGCUUAUAAAAAUGUUGUAGGAGCCCGUAGGUCAUCUUGGAGGGUCGUCUCAAGUAUUGAGCAAAAGACGGAAGGUGCUGAGAAAAAACAGCAGAUGGCUCGAGAAUACAGAGAGAAAAUUGAGACCGAGCUAAGAGAUAUCUGCAAUGAUGUACUGUCUCUUUUGGAAAAGUUUUUGAUCCCCAAUGCUUCACAAGCAGAGAGCAAAGUCUUCUAUUUGAAAAUGAAAGGAGACUACUACCGUUAUUUGGCUGAGGUUGCUGCUGGUGAUGACAAGAAAGGGAUUGUGGAUCAGUCACAACAAGCAUACCAAGAAGCUUUUGAAAUCAGCAAAAAGGAAAUGCAACCGACACAUCCUAUCAGAUUGGGUCUGGCCCUUAACUUCUCUGUGUUCUAUUACGAGAUUCUGAACUCCCCGGAGAAAGCCUGCUCUCUUGCAAAGACAGCUUUUGAUGAAGCCAUUGCUGAACUUGAUACAUUAAGUGAAGAGUCCUACAAAGACAGCACGCUAAUAAUGCAAUUACUGAGAGACAACUUGACAUUGUGGACAUCGGAUACCCAAGGAGAUGAAGCUGAAGCAGGAGAAGGAGGGGAAAAUUAACCGGCCUUCCAACUUUUGUCUGCCUCAUUCUAAAAUUUACACAGUAGACCAUUUGUCAUCCAUGCUGUCCCACAAAUAGUUUUUUGUUUACGAUUUAUGACAGGUUUAUGUUACUUCUAUUUGAAUUUCUAUAUUUCCCAUGUGGUUUUUAUGUUUAAUAUUAGGGGAGUAGAGCCAGUUAACAUUUAGGGAGUUAUCUGUUUUCAUCUUGAGGUGGCCAAUAUGGGGAUGUGGAAUUUUUAUACUAGUUAUAAAUGUUUGGCAUAGUACUUUUGGUACAUUGUGGCUUAACAAGGGCCAGUGUUAAAACUGCUUCCAUGUCUAAGCAAAGAAAACUGCCUACAUAUUGGUUUGUCCUGGUGGGGAAGAAAAGGGAUAAUUGGUUCCAGAUACAGGUGUAGUUAUUGUGGGUACUUUAAGGUUUGGAGCACUUACAAGGCUGUAGCAGAAACGGGCGUCCCGUGUGUCUGCGGCACACUCGUUCUCAGAUGUGCACACCUUUGACUACAGUUACAGAAGUGAUCCUUUAGUUGUGACCCAAUUUACUCUGGAUAAGGGCAGAAACGGUUCACAUUCCAUUAUUUGUAAAGUUACCUGCUGUUUGCUUUCAUUAUUUUUGCUACACUCAUUUUAUUUGUAUUUAAAUGUUUUAGGCAACCUAAGAACAAAUGUACAAGUAAAGAUGCAGUAAAAACGAAUUGCUUGAUAUCCAUUACCUUGCGUAUAUCAAGCACAGCAGCAAAACAAAAAUCCCAUGUAUUUAACUUUUUUUAGGGUUUUUUUUUGUUUUGUUUUGCUUUUGUGAUUUUUUUUUUGUUUUGAUACUUGCCUAACAUGCAUGUGCUGUAAAAAUAGUUAACAGGGAAAUAACUUGAUGAUGGCUAGCUUUGUUUAAUGUCUUAUGAAAUUUUCAUGAACAAUCCAAGCAUAAUUGUUAAGAACACGUGUAUUAAGUUCAUGUAAGUGGAAUAAAAGUUUUAUGAAUGGACUUUUCAA